AUGGGAAUGGGGAAGAGCGUAAGUGAACUGGGAGUUGAAGACUUGGUGAGAGCCGGUGUGGCAAUUGAUGAGGCCAUAGAUUUUGAAAGAGAACUCAAAUAUGCAAUUAAUGGUUGUGAUGGAUUUGACCCAAAGGCAUUGUGGCGAGAGGUCAUGGCUCGGAAAUUGCUGAAACCAUCGCAUCCACAUGGCCUGCACCAGCUUAUUUACCAUUCCGUCUACCAUAACUACGAUGAGUCCAUUCAUGGCCCUCCUCUGUAUUGGUUCCCUACUCCAUAUCAGUCUAGAUGCACAAACUUGGGGCGCAUCAUGGAAUCUCAUUGUCCAAGGCUUUUAGGGGCACUAUACAAGGAUCCGAUAACAAGUUUCAGAGAGUUUCAGAAGUUCUCUGUUCAUCAUCCUGAGGAAUACUGGUCCAUUAUUCUGAAUGAGCUUUCAGUUAACUUUAUCGUGAAACCAAAACGUAUACUGGAUACCUCAAACAAAUCCAAACGUGGGGGAACAUGGCUUCCUGGUUCAACUUUAAAUAUAGCUGAUUGUUGUCUGCAACCAAACAAUUAUUUGAAGAAGCAGGAUGAUAGCAUAGCAAUUGUAUGGAGGGAUGAAGGCUGUGAUGACAGUGAUGUGGAAUUCAUGACAUUGAAGCAGCUCCGGGAACAAGUAAUGUUGGUAGCAAAUGCACUGGAUGCAACAUUCUCCAAGGGAGACGCUAUUGCUAUUGACAUGCCAAUGACAGUCACUGCAGUUAUUUUAUACUUGGCAAUAGUGCUUGCAGGAUUUAUUGUUGUGUCAAUUGCUGACAGCUUUGCAGCAAAGGAAAUUGCAACUCGCUUGCGCAUCUCAAAGGCUAAAGCAAUUUUUACACAGGAUUUUAUGGUACGAGGAGGACGAAGGUUUCCUUUAUACAGCCGAGUGGUAGAAGCUGAUCCGCAUAAAGUUAUAGUAAUUCCUGCAACUGGAGAAGAUUUAGAUGUUCGUUUAAGAAGUCAGGACUUGUCGUGGAAAGCUUUUCUUUCGAGUUUCCACCACCUAUCCAGAUCAAAUUAUUAUUCACCAGUUUAUCAACCCAUAGACUCUGUCACCAGUAUAUUAUUUUCAUCUGGAACCACAGGAGAUCCAAAAGCUAUUCCAUGGACUCAACUUUCUCCAAUCCGAUGUGCUGCUGAUUCGUGGCUACAUACUGAUGUUCAACCUGGAGACGUUGUUUGUUGGCCAACAAAUUUAGGCUGGGUUAUGGGGCCAAUUUUAGUGUAUUCAUGCUUUCUAACUGGUGCAACUAUGGCUCUCUAUCAUGGAUCUCCUCUAGGCCAUGGUUUUGGGAGAUUUAUCCAGGAUGCAGGAGUAACUCUUUUGGGGACUGUCCCUAGCCUAGUAAAGACCUGGAAGAGCACAAAUUGUAUGGAAGGUCUAGAUUGGACAAAAAUAAAGUCAUUCGGUUCUACUGGAGAAGCCUCCAACGUUGAUGAUGAUCUUUGGCUUUCUUCAAAGGCUUACUAUAAGCCAAUUGUUGAAUGUUGCGGAGGCACAGAGCUUGCAUCAUCCUACAUUCAAGGAAACCUUCUGCAGCCACAAGCGUUUGGAACAUUUAGCUCUGCCUCAAUGUCCACAGGUUUUGUCAUCCUCAAUGAAAGUGGGUUACCUUAUCCAGAUGAUCAGGCUUGUGUUGGCGAAGUGGGAUUAUUUCCUCUUUACAUGGGAGCAACUGAUAGACUGCUAAAUGCUGAUCACGAUGAGGUGUACUUCAAGGGAAUGCCAAUGUACAAAGGAAUGCAACUUAGGAGACAUGGUGACAUUAUAAAAAGAACUGUCGGAGGAUUUCUGGUGGUGCAGGGAAGAUCUGAUGACACCAUGAAUCUGGGCGGCAUUAAGACAAGUUCAAUAGAGAUUGAACGGGUUUGUGACGGGGCUGAUGAAAGUGUCCUGGAAACUGCUGCAGUCAGUGUUGCACCCCCGAGUGGUGGUCCAGAACAGUUGGCUAUAUUUGUGGUACUGAAGCCAAGAUUCAAGAUCGAGUCAGAAAUGCUAAAGAUGAAAUUGUCAAAAGCCAUCCAGACCACGCUUAACCCUUUGUUCAAGGUGAGCUUUGUUAAGAUCGUCCCAGAGUUUCCUCGAACAGCAUCAAAUAAGCUACUGCGGAGAGUAUUAAGGGAUCAAUUGAAGCACGGGCUUCAGAUACAGAGUAAAAUCUAG